AUGCGGGGCUGGAGCUGCGGGAGGGAGGAGGGCAGGAGCAGGAUGGCACCGCCGGGGGGUGGCGGCGAGGUGCGGGAUGGGGACAGCAGUGGGCACAGCGAUGGGGACAGCCGUGGGCACAGCAAGGGGGACAGCAGUGGGGACAGGGACAGAGCCCCCGCAGCGGGGAUGCGGCGCUUCACCUGGGACGAGAUCGGGCAGCGGAGCGGGCGGGGGCCGGCGGGGCAGGAGCGCUGGCUGGUGAUCGACAGGAAGGUGUACGACAUCAGCCACUUCUACCGCAGACACCCGGGAGGGGCCCGGCUCCUCGUCAGCCACGCCGGGCAGGACGCCACGGAUGCCUUUGUGGCAUUCCACGUUGACAAGGUGCUGGUGAGCAAGUACUUGAAGCCACUGCAGAUUGGGGAGCUGGCACCUGACCAACCCAGCAUUGAGCCCACUAAAAAUGAAAUGCUGGUGAAAGAUUUCCGGGAAUUGCGUGCUACAGUCGAGAGAAUGGGACUCCUGGAGCCCAACCAACUCUUCUUCUUCCUGCUCCUGGCUCAUAUCCUGCUCUUGGAUACAGCUGCCUGGCUCAUCCUCUUCUACUUUGGGACAUCCUUACUGCCCUUCAUUUUCUCCCUGCUGCUGCUGACCAUUUCCCAGGUCCAGGCUUCCUGGUUACAGCAUGAUUUAGGACACCUCUCAGUAUUCAGGAAAACCAAAUGGAACCACUUGCUACACAAGUUUGUGAUGUGCCAUUUGAUUGGGGCCUCGGCCAAGUGGUGGACUCUGCUGCACUCCCAGCACCACGCCAAACCCAACUGCUUCCACAAGGACCCUGACAUUGACAUGCACCCUUUCCUCUUCACUUUGGGGAAAAAAUUCUCCGUGGAGCUUGGCAUCCAAAAGAAAAAAUACAUGCCCUACAACCACCAACACAAAUACUUCUUCAUCACUCUUCCUCCGCUCCUGUUCCCCACCUACUUCCACUGCCACACAUUCUACAUUGCCUACACAAAGAAGUACUGGGUGGACUUGGCCUGGAUGCUGACCUUCUACAUCAGAUUCUUUUAUACUUAUGGAUCUUUAUUAGAAACAAAGAGUCUCCUGGCAUAUUAUUUUAUAUUCAGGAUGCUGGAGAGCAGCUGGUUUGUCUGGGUCUCACAGAUGAACCACAUACCAAUGGAUAUCGACUAUGACAAGAAUUUGGACUGGAUGUCUACUCAGCUCCAGGCAACCUGCAAUGUGGAACAGUCACUGUUCAAUGACUGGUUCACAGGGCACCUCAACUUCCAGAUUGAGCAUCACCUGUUCCCCUCCAUGCCUCGGCACAACUACUGGAAGGUGGCCCCUCUGGUGAAGUCCCUGUGUGCCAAGCACGGCCUCGAGUACCAGUGCAAGCCUCUGCUCACAGCCUUCGCAGACAUCGUGCACUCCCUGAAGAGCUCGGGAGAGCUCUGGCACGAUGCCUACCUGCACAAAUAAAGGACAAGGCUUGGUGCCACAACUGCAUUCCCAGCAAGCUGAGGGGCAGGGACCACAAGGGACUCUCUGGCAAAAGAUAGUGAGUAAGGACUGUGGGAUAAAAUUCCAAUAGAAAUGAAGCUGCCUGGAUUUUUUUCUUCUGGUUUUUCCUAGGGUUAUGGUUCAGGUAUUUUAAGAGUGGGCAGGGCAAGCAGAAGGUGAAUUGUUAGGAGAGGGAGGAGCUCUUUGUUGACUGAGUCUCAGCAUUUCUGAGCCUGGGCAUGGGCUUAAAUCAGAUCAUGGACUGGUGGAGCUGCACACACUUAACUUCACCUCAGAGGCCUCUGACUGUGGUUUUUUUCAUUUUUUGUUUUGUUUUCCUCAUGUGGAGGGUUUAAUGAUUAAUACAGCAUUUGCUUACUUUAAUUUGAAACUACAAAGGAUUUUGGAUUAGCAUGGUGUUCCAGCAAUGUGCUUAAACCACACUAAAUUAGGAUAAACUACAAACAACACUUAGACUGUAGCAAGUGCACAUGCAGUGAAUAAAAAUAUAAAUGUGUUUUCAUUACUGUUCUCCAGAACAUCCUCAUUGUCACAAGGCCAAGAAAUACAUGGGUUAAAAUCAACUCAAGGCCUCUGCUCUUUUCAAAAUUUAUCUGGUUUGGGGGGGUGGGUCUUUGUACUUUGAGGUGGGAUGAGACAUGUGCAUGCUCCAUCUGCACUCCUCACCUAUACAGGACUAAGAUUAUACUACAGAAAGGUAAACUAAAAGUAAAAUAAAUCACCUACAGACUUUUGGUCAAAUCCAAAAGUUGCUGUUGCAGCCAAACCAAGAUUAGAUCAGAUUUUGGCUGUGCCAGGCAGAAGGUGAGUCAGUGAAAGAGACUGGUCCAGAUACUUUGAAUCAUCCGUGAGAGGAGACAGAAUCUUUCCAUAAAUUAGCAAGAAAGCCUGCUCUUUGUCUCCAGUGACUACUACAGUGAGUAGAUACUCAAACCCUGAAAGAAAAGACCAGCUUUUGGAAAGGAGACUAGGGGAACAACAAACUUUAUUUGAAUAUUAACAAUUACCACACUUUCUUUCAGUAAUUCAAGGUUAAUAAAUAGAAAUCUCAAAAGGUUAAAAGAUAUGAAAAAAGUCUCUGAUAAUGUAACAAAUGGACUUUGUACUACUUGUGCAAUGAUUGGCUGAAUUACUUAAAAACCUUUAACCUCACACAGUCAGCCAGAACAAGGGAAAGAUUUGCUAUUAAAGCAUUUUUCCUGCCUUGGAAAAAGUGCAAUUAUGUUUAGAGGUUAACAGCACAAAGUACAAUGCCUGACCCAUGGGAGUAAAAGAAGUAAUUUCAAAAAAUUCUGUCGAAAAAUUAAGAAAUAAAGCAGGAGUCACAACAGUAUCAUUUACUCACUAACACAUUUCCUCUACUUUAAAAAGCCUUUUAAAGUUACCUUAAGCAGCCUUUGAAAAUGAUUUAUUGGGUAGAUGAAAGGCCUGAUUUUGAAGAUCAUAAUUUGAUGUUUUGAUCUUUGACAUCAUUAGGCUCCUAGUUCAGGACCCUUGCAAGUCAAAAUGCAAUUAAAAAAAGAGAGCUGUGAAUGUUUCCAUUGUUUGAGAACCCAACAGUGCUCCAGUGAGGACAGGUAUGCAAGAGGAUUGAGCAAGAUUGAGAUAAAGGGCUGUGGAUAAUAUGGAAUAAAGCCUAAGCAAUAUAUGGAUCAAUGCCAGAGCAAACAGGAGCAGUUACCAAGUUUUCCCUGGGUAUCUCUGACCAAUCUUAUCAGUAUCAGUCUCAGAUGAAAGGCUGCCUGCACUCCCUCGGGAAAAUAUUGAAUAGCUGGAUGAGAUUUUACAAAGAAGGUAUCACUGAGCAGCCCAAAGAAGGAAACAAACAAAUUAGUCAUAUAUCCCAACAGAAAAGCAUAAACAAACAAAAGAAACCCCAAAACCAAAACAUCACUCCAAAAAAAAUAUGGUACAUGAAAAGAGAGUGAAAGGAAAAUCAGCAUCAGCAGCAUCUUCCUUAAAUGUGAAUGAUGAAGAAAACAUCAUUCUAAAAAUAUUAAUAGAAAAGUUAAUGCAAAAUAUUAACUGGCUUCCUCUAAAAUACAGCCUUGAUUCCUGCAACUCUGAAAGGCAAAAUUCCAUUCUUUCUUACAGUAGUGUCUUGGAAUCAGAGGUUCAGGGAAGACAGCUCCUACUUGAAGUAACACUGAAAAUUUAAAUUCAAAGUGAAGUAUUCUUCCAAUAAAAUCUCUUAGGAAAACUACUGGGGGGCUGAAGCACCUUGGACUCUGCAUACAAAAUAAGUAAAGCAGGGAAAAUGAGAUUUCUUUAUUCCUGGUUUUCCAGCCUCCCUCCACAAAGUCGAGUAUUGUUGAGACCUUGUAGACAACACAGGAACUAUAAUCAUGUAGGAAUUCUGUAUUUUCAUUCUGUUUGGGGAGUGUUGCAAGUGUAACUUAGUCUGUAACUAGUACCUGCCAUCACACUCCUUCCUCAAUACAUCUUACAAAAUAUAAACACAAGGUCAAAGAUUCCCAAGUGUGCAGAAGAGAAUCAUACAAUAGUUGGGUAGGAAAGUGUAUCCACUUCUGUGUCAAUCACAAAUCAAUAAUCACAGGGACAAGGAUUUGCUGCAUUGGGGAAAAAAACCCAACAAAACAAAACAAAACAAAAAAAAAAAAAAAAAAAAAAAAAAAACCCAAACAAACCAACAAAGCUCCCAAUCCUGGUCAAAGUUUAAAAAUGGGGAACCUGAGAGAAACAUGCAAAGAAUAAAUAUUGAAAAUUAACAGACACAGCAAAUCUAUAUAAAGGAUUUCUUUGGUUCAUCACAUGCUAUGAAACAGGAAAACAGGAAAUGAAGUUUUCCUUCUGACUCGGUCCAUUAGAGAUUUACAGCAUUUGAACUGCUCUGAGUAGCAGGAUGUAAAAAUAUUUAGUGGUGGUUUUUUUAUUAAAAAAGUAAAAUUAUCAGUUUAUCAAGCUUCAGUGUGUGAUUCGAGAACAAAUUUCAGCCCAGUUCUUGAGGGUCUGCAGUGCAAGAUUUCCAGCUGAUCUGCGGUUGGAGUUUGACUUUAGGUGGAAUUCCAGCAUGAAAGUCCAAGCUUUCAAUAGACAACUAAAGCACACAGGCUCUGCAGUCCAGGUUGCAAAAAUGUCAUUAUUAAGCAUCAGCUAUCAAAUACUUCACUUGUUAUUUUUACACCACUGUCUGGUUGUUCUGAGGUGCUUUCCCAGACUCUGUAACAAUGUACCACUUUACAAACAUACUUUUGCAAACACAAGGCUGCUUUUGGGAAUCCUCUUCAUCUUUCUGAUCCAUCUCAGCUGGAAUCAUCCUGAAUCAUCCUGAUGAUGGCAAAACUGCCUCAAAUUCAUUUAUAAAAAUCAAAAUAGGGCCUCAGUUCUUUUCCCAAUUCUGUCCAAAAUGGCCUUGGGCAACUGCUGAGGUUUAAUCCUCAGUAUCAGUUGAGGCUAUGCUCAAGUCCACCUCUGCAUGCCAUGACCCGUGUCAUGAGCACACCCCUUUGACCGCAAACAUCAGUUCAGACUGAGCUCUGCAAUAUUACCCAGGGGGCAAAGAUCAGGCUUUACCAUGCACUGCAGACCUCCAUGUAAUUUGCUAUCAGCAAGAGAUAACACACAACACAUUAGUGGAUCGAUUCAUUUCUGCAGUGCUGGGCUGGACCCCACACCCCACACAAAAAACUCAGGGUGUGGAGUCAUAGAGGGUUCAUUCAAUCCAAUCCCUUGCAGUGAACAGGGGCAUCUUCCACCAGCCCAGGUUGCUCAGGGCCAUGUCCAACCUGGCCUUGAACAAUUCCAGGGACGUGGCACCCAUCACCUCCCUCAGAAACCUGAACCUCAUCACCCUCACAAAACAUUUUAUGAGAAAACAGUGAUCCACCUGCCUGCGAGAAUUCAGGGAUCAGAUCUCCAAACAGAGAACAAACAGCCUUUUUCUGCAAGAUGAGCAACAGGUAUGGAAUAUUUGGCAAAACAAAGUGAUUGGUUUGUUGGAAGCUGAAAUUGUGGACAGCCACACACUGCUUAGCAAGCAAUUCCCAUCAAUGAGCUGCACUAAGGAAAGGAAAUAGGGGCUUUUUCCAACAUCUCUGAAGAACUGGAAGUCUGAUCCAAACCUACCUCAUCCUUUUUCUCCCUACAUAAAAUUUAGCAAUCUCAUGAACUUCCCCAUCUCCUGGCACAGCUCCCUACAACAAAUGUGAUUCUGUUUUUGGAUAUUCAAGUGCAAAUAUUUUGGGGAAGGGAAAAUAACCUAGGAAUGAAGGCCCAUUAAAAGAAGAGGUACUCCUGGAGAAGCUGUAAUUUUCCAAACAUUAGUUUCAAAUUCAUUCCCAAAUCCACUGCUAGAGAUGUGCAUCUAAAAUAAAACAGUAAUAAAAAAAAUGUUGAGCAAUUCUGCUUUACAGACCACUGAAAUCAUAUUUCAACAACCUGGCAAAGGAAUGUUUGAUUUUAAUGGAACAGAACACAAAAACAAAACAAAACUGCUGUUGUGUCAUGUCAACAGUCUAUUAUCACAAUAAUGAGCUGUAAAUGGAUUUAUUGUCUUAUUUGAAGAAAUAGCAUUAUUGUUCUUCCUAAUGCCCUCCACAGCUUUGGGAAAAGCUAAGUUUUUAGUACAACACUUGUCACAGACAGUUUAGCACAUUUAAGUAGUUUAAACACAACUGUAGGGUUGAAAUAUAAGUUUUAAAAACAAAGACAGCUGCAAAAAGUAAACCCAAUCUACAGCUACUGCACCACCUCCAGCAAAAGAUGAAGGGAUGUAUGAAGUUCCUAGAUUAACACAAAGUAUUUGAAGAAAUUUGCACAGAAAACAUAUUGCUAAGAGAUUUUGCAUUCCAUUUAUUUCAGAAAUAAAAGAAGACAACAAUAUAAAUCACUUAGCAGACACAACCAAAAUCAGAAAGGCCUUGUUUACCCUUUUCCAAAACUGACUAGGAUUCUCUGUUCCCGUUUCCAGUGGAAAUAUUCCCACCCAAUCAUGUAAUCCCACAUUCCUGAUCAGGUAAAAAGCAACCCAGAAUACCAUAGGUUAUCAGUUCAUAUUAUUUUACUGCACCUCUAUCCCACCUAAUUUUUCACAAUAGGUUGGUAGAUCAAUUAAUUGCAGAGCAAGCAACAUCCUACAAAAUUUAACAGAACAGUGUUUAGUAUCUACUCUUCUUUACCUUGCCACCAUUCCUAGGAAUUCACACUUAAAUCAGGAAGUAAUCCUAGUCAAAAUACAACUCAAGGCAGACCCAGAAAUGUAAUGAUUAUUGAGAUAUCACCCCCAAACUGCUAUGAUUUUAUUUUUUUACAUUCCCCUGAGUUAAGAGAAGAAGCUGGCUCUGAAAUACUUUGCAUUUAGCUUGGACAAUAAUUAUUCCAUAACUGGGGUUCCAAAUUUUUUUUGCACAAUUCAACUAACUAAAUGGGUAACAUGACAACAUGCCUCAAAUCAGGUUUUAGAUAUAUUUUCAAGAUAUCUACAUUCAUACAAACAUGCUGCUUUAAUUAAAGGGUCACCCUGAAAAUUAGCCCUGGCUCAAUCAAGAAAGAGCAACAGCAGAUUAUUGCAGUAAAAUAACAAUUUCAGCAACCACUGGGAAUAGUUCUGACAGUUCUUGAGCUUGAAUUUCAAUAUUCAUGCAUUUGAAGGUUUAUUUUUCAAACAUUUGGCACGCUAAUA